AUGGAGCAGAUUCAACAAGAGCAAGCUACCUUCAGGGAAGAGUUGGAUUCUAUGAAAGGAAAGAUUGACCAGAUCCUCGAAGCCAUCCUCACGGCCAGGAGAGAGGAAGAACAACGCGAAGCCGCUGCUGUCGUCAACAAUGGUCAAGGACAAGGGUCUACUGCCAUCCCUUUGGUUCCAAUUCCAAAUUCUCAUGGGAUGCCGUUGAACUUCAACAACGCAGUCGAAGGAAACACUUCUCAGCCAAUCCCAGCGCCUGGAGUUACUGUUGGAGUUGUCCCGCAGGCCCAGCCUACUGCUGUGCAAAUCCCGGUUCCUCAUAUCGAAGAUACUCUGAUGGAUCAGUAUGACGAUGUUCAGAAUUAUCAUGCUGCUAUCCCCAUUGCCAGUCCUGUUGCUGCUCAGGAUUCUGAAGCCAUGAAGAUGUGCCGAGAUCUAGCCGAGAAACUCCGAGCCAUGGAGGGGCAUAAUUCAAAUUCUUUCAGUGCUUUGGAAUUGUGUUUGGUGCCUGAUGUCGUCAUUCCUCCCAAGUUCAAGGUGCCCGAAUUCUCGAAGUACAAGGGUCUCAGUUGCCCAAACAUUCAUUUGAAGAUGUCCUGUCGCAAGAUGGCUGCCUAUGCCAGAGAUGAAAAGCUCAUGAUCCAUUGCUUCCAAGACAGCUUGUCUAGGGCAUCACUCGAAUGGUAUAUGCAGCUAGAACGUAACAGCGUGCGCACUUGGGCCGAGCUAGCCGAUGCAUUUGUCAAGCAGUAUAAGUACAACACCGAUCUUGCUCCAAAUCGUACUCAGCUUCAGAGUAAGACUCAGAAGGAUAUUAGUUGUGUCCCUACUAUAUCCUAA